AUGGCGCAAUCUACCCAAAAUCAGGAAUUGGAAGCCUCGAGUUCCCAACCUGUUGCAUCUUUGCUGAAGCCAAUUUCCAGCGAAAAUCAGCAGGGACGGGGAUCAAGCUCUCAACCAACUUCGGCUUCCAGCGGCGGAGCACAGUUGACCUCAACUUCAUCCGCUAACCCUCGAGUGCGACCUUACACAGAUUGGGAAUCGAUAAUUGCAAACAAAAGCCCCCAAUCGACCAACCCCUUGCUAAACCCCACUCUUCCACCUGGAGCCUUUAACCCGGUCUAUAUAGACACUCCUCCAGGAACAUCUUUCGACUUGCUUCAGAUCGGUGCUAUUGCAACCCGCUCAUCCACCACCUCGCAAAAGACUUCUGCUCAAACUGGCGCAACGAAUCAUUUGCCACCAAGCACCAUGCCAAUUGCAGCGUCCAAUUGUCAACAGGUCUCCAUGCCGCAGGGCACUCCCAAUAACCAUGAUAGUGGAAUCCCCGCCCCCUUUCUCGACCACAUGAUUACCGAGCUACCAUACCGCCCCAAUAGCCAAAUUCGAUGCGAUGGCUGGGAUGAUAUGCCUCAAACCCGUGUCGAACACUCUACUCCUUACGAUAGUGAUGCUACUCUUUCCGACAACGGUUCGAGCGCUACCGAGCUCGGCGAUAGCCUACUCGAUCCUAAUAAUAACGAAUACCAGAAUAGCUCUGCUGCCCAAGUCGGUUCUAACGAUCAACCUCAAGUAACCCCUAGCAUGCCCCAUUCUCUCCUUGAUAUGCUGGAGCCUGGCUCUACUCUGGAUCUCUUCGAUGGUGGCCUGUUCAUAAACGCCAUCACUUUAGCAGGUAUUAUGGCCCGGCGUCGGGGAGUUUCCAAUCGGAUAGAACCCUCCUCAAGUGCGACCUUCAAUACCAAUAACAACCCGCUAGGUUCAUGGUACACUUCGGAUACUAGCCACAAUAUCCUUAGGACCGCUGUGCCUUCAUCAGCCCCAGCUACCAUUAGUGAUGCUGUUGAGAUUGGCAUUGGUCACACUACGAAUCCUCAACCUACCGGUAAAUCUCUGCGUCUGCGUCUUCUGCAUCUUCUGGGCAGGACGGAUUCUGAUGGUGUGAUGGAUGUCGAUGAGUCUGGUGGGCUUGAUGAUGGGGAUCGUUCUGAUACCUUCGCGGGUUACAACACUCUUGAUUACGCUGGUAGCCCCUUUGAGUCUGGUAUUAUUCAUUCUGAGGGUUUCGGUGGUACUGGUCGCUCUGGUGCCCCUGAUGAGGUGGAUGGCGAUGAUGACUUUGGAGGCUAUUGGGGCGUUGACGACCCUAGGGCCCCUACUCAAGCUAACGGCAUUGAUGGUUUAGGGGGUGAUCAUCAUACCGGCAUCGAAAAUGGGGUGGACGGGGAUCUCAUCGACAUGAGCAGUCCUAAUGAUGGCUUCAGCGGCGAUGGUGAACCUGGUCCCACCGGUGGCAUUCAUCGCACUGUUAGUCCUGGUCGCUCUGGUGGUAUUGGUCAUACCAAUGGUCUCGGUCAUACUGGUUACCCUGCUGGGUUGGAUAGUGGUGAUCGCAGUGUCAGCAGUCGCAAUAAUGGCACCAACAACAAUAGCGAUCGUGAUAACCCUGGCGGCCUUGGUCAAUCUGGAAGCUCGGAAGGAAUAGGCGAUACGGAUGUCGAUGCGAGUAGUACCGACGAAGGUUUCAGCAAUGAUGGUGAUCAUCAUCAUUCUCCUGGCCGUGAUCCCUUUGGUGUCCUUGAUCAACCUAAUGGCGCUCAUGAAACCAAUGGCGAUGAUAGCUUUAGCGGUUAUUGGAGUCAACCCAAUGGUGUCGGCAAUGCAAAUCAGAGGGUUGGUGAUGAUGUCUCUAUGGGCGAUAACGAUAGUGUGUUAAACGAUCAUGGGGGUCUUGGUCUCGCUAGCGGUACCGAUGAGUCUGUCGACAACGGUCGUUUUGGUAGGCUUAAUCACAUCGAUGGACCCGACCCUGGUGAAUCUAGCGUCACUUAUCAUUUUGAAGGGUUUGAUGAGGUUUUCUACGAUCCAACUGCUGGCUCUGGUGGACCUCCUAGCUCUGACGGCUCUGGCGGUUCUGACGGCUCCGACGGCUCUGGUGGCUCUGAUGGUUCUGGUGGUUCUGAUGGCUCUGGUGACUCUGAUGGCUCCGAUGACUCCAAUGAUACUGCAGUCCCUGGUGAUAGAGACGGGUCAUCUGACAACGAGGACGAAGCCGAGGACGAAGAUGAAGAGAUGACCAUAGAUGAUGAGUUGGAUGCCGACCUAGAGGAUGUGUGCAAAAAGACGAUUGAGCUUGCAAAGCAAGAUCUUGCUGAGAAUUAUCCAAGGGAGGAUGACAAGCUGAGCCCUGAAGAGAUAAUUCGAAUCUACCAGCACGCUCUAGAUGUCCUCGCAUUUAGUAGAAGGGUGGCAUCCGGCAACAAGCCCAAGCGGUCAGGAUCGAAGCCGCCAGUUUCCCGCUUGCCUAAUGGCCCUCAAUUUGAAGACCUCGCUAUUAGUAUGCUAGGAUUAGCACGCAAAGUCGAAUGCACUAGCCCCUAUGAAGAUGACGAGUGCGCUUUCUGUCAUUAUGCCUGCAACUUUGGCAUUAUGAGGGAGGCGCUGCUGCUUCCCACAGAAGCAUCAUCCCGAUUUUGCGCCGACUGUCGUGCUUCGACAUCGGGUUUCAAGGAGCUCUACUCGUCGAUGGGUUAUCGCCAUGAGCUGGAUGACGAACCAAGUGUCUCCCCCCUGGAGGAGGCGAUGAAUAACCCCGAAAUCAAAGUGACUGCCAUGGCUUAUCAGCGCGCCAUUCCACUGCCUUAUAACACUACCAGCCGGUUCGAUGGCAAGAAUAUCAAGCGAUUCCGCGGUAUUCAGUUUUGCAGAGGUUGCCCCUAUCGCCAAAUCGACGUUGGAAGAGUUAAGAUUUGCGACGACUGCCUGUAUGAAAAGCUGGACAUCAUCAACCACGAACAUUACAAGUUCCAGUCAAUCAUUAAGGGUGGGAAGAAUGUCGUCGAUCCAGAGGACAUUCCAAACACUGAGCGCCUCAAGAACAAGCGUUGCAUGGCAAGUAUCACCUGGAUAAUCUCUUCUAUUACUACAAUAGAAAGCAUAUCCGUAACGAUGCUUUCCUGCUUCGGUCGGAUUGCGGUGGAUUUUAAAACGAGGGGAGAAGUUUCCGAACACUGCGCGUAUCUAGGCAUUGAGUAG